UACCUGGUCCUUCUGCCUCUCCGCCUCUCUGCACCUCUCGCUCUGAGUCUCUGGGUCCUGGAGUCUGCGCUCGCUCUGCUUCGACCUCUCGGUGCCCCAUGGACCCUGCCCCAUGCUCUCGAGCUCUGCCAUGUCCGUACCGCUACCGCCGUACCACACCAGCAUCGACCAAAGUGCGGAUACCGCAGUACCCCAGAUAGCCAAAGAGGCGAGGACGAAGAGUUGGGCGAGCUCGACGAAGAAAAAAAAAGAGAAGCAAAUAUCAAGGAAGACCAAGACGAUUCACCUGCUCUCCUCGAGUGUUUGUGUGCUGUGUCUGGUACCUGCCUGAAUAGAGACCUCCAAACAAACGGCCCUCCACCGCUUGUUACUCAGCCCCGAUUUCAGAAGAAAAAGGGCAUUCCCUCGCUUCGCAUCGUCACCGUCCUCGGCUCCAUUCGUGCAACCCGCAUUGCAAUUUCGAGAGACUCACCCCAAGUCUCCUCUUCUGUCACCUCGACAAACGUCUUCUCCAUCAGUCAGCCUGCAACCUAA